AUGGCGUUGCAUCGGCUUCUCAAACGGCCAAAGAUUACGAAUGCCCAGAUGCUUUUGAUGCGCCGUCGGGAACCGUACAAGCCAACAAUGAAGGACCGUCAAGAGAUUAGGAAUCGUGAGAAGCUUGAGUAUUUUGAGAAGAAAAACGCAGAAGGGCUCAUGUUUGUUCCCGAGACAGCCUUGCCACCAUGGCAGAAGUCUCUCGCACUGAAUGCCUGUGCGAAGGCGUCAAGCAUGAAUUUUAGAGGGUUCCGCGUGCGUGUGGUGGACAAGCAGGACGAACCAGGCUUUCCGACCCCAUUUCGUUGA